GAAAAUUUGACGUUUUGUGAUAUAUUUAUGGAAGUUUGAUAUCGUCCUCAUUGGCAAUAGUUCGGACUAUUUUUUGGAAAAGAACAGCAUCAUAAAAAAGAACAUGAUGCGGAUGGUUGUCUACUUGACAGUAGUGGCUUUAUGUUGGCAAUUUGAAUUGACAAAUUCCCGUACAUCUACCUUAUGGAAAUUAAAUACAGACAGUGGCAAAAUAACAGGACAUUAUUCCGCUAGUCGAGGCCAGGGCGAUAACUCAAUGUUGGAAGAGUUCAGCAUCCCGAUGUUUGAUGCCAGCGCAGAUGUCUAUGCUCAAGAUGAAGUGUUUUAUAUUAUCGCAUCGACUUUAACAUUGGGCACAAGCGCUACAGCUAUAACAAGUGGUACUGAUGUUGACAAUAGUGAGGGGAACGGUAGCACUAAUAGAGGCGCUGUUUAUGGAUGGGUAAGGGAGUCUCCCGAAAAUUCUUUGGAAUCUUUAGGGGCACUUUCUAAACGUUCCAACGAAAGCAAGACCGCGGAGCAUGAAAAUGACGAAGCUGAGGCUGAAAGCAAGAAGGCAACUGUAACUGUCGGUAAUGGAGGACUGCCAAGUGUAACAAAUGCCGACACUGCAUUAGUUGUUGAUGAAACUCUAGAUUGCAAACCAGUAAAUUUUACCUACUACGAUUAUCUCAUUGGAGUGGGACAGCGAUUUAAUCAUCCAAAGAUACCGGAACCAGAGGUUGCAUACCUUUUUCUAAAAAGCAAGGAUGAGAAUUCAUAUAAAAACUUUGACAUCACCGCUCUGGAACGACGACUUAAGCGAACCAAGCGCGAAAAGCCUAGAUCCGUACAAUUAUAUAACCAAAUCGGGAACUAUUGGCGAAUUAUUGGCGAUGCUCGACAGGCCAUUGAAUGCUUCAGGCGUGCAUUAGCAAUGUCGCCCACAAAUGCCGAAGUUCUUCUAAACUUAGCACGUGUACUUUACAAUCUGCAAUAUCUGGAUGAUGCUAUACAUUUGACUAGGAGGUCAUUGGAAAUGCAACCACCUGGACGCUCUGCUUGGCAACAAUACUUUACACUCGGUGAAAUAUUCAAGGCUUACGGACAUUUCCAGGAAUCAGUUCUACAUCUGCGACAUGCACUUGAGCUUUAUCCACAGCAUGAACCCAUACUGAAGGCGUUGCGGGACGUUGAGAAUAAUCCUUCAUCAACUUUGCAUGUAUACACCGUUGUCAUAAUUGUUGCUUUGGUAGUUGCAGUUUUCAUUGUAAUAAUAACAUCAUCCAACAACAAUGAUAAAUACAACAGUUUAAAUGGCAAUAACACACAAAAUGACUAUGAGCCCAAAACGCAGCGACACUUCAAUCGUGCCAUGGCCAUGCGGUCCCUUAAAGGCUUUUCCGCUUCUUCGACUUUGACGGGUUCGUCUUCGCGGAAUCUUAGACACAGGAAAAACUAAAAAUCUCAAUAAUGCAGAUGAUACAAGAGUAGGUUAUUUAAUCUUUCUAAGUAUCAACGUCCACGUUCAUAUGCCCACACAAAUAAAAUUUGCUUGAUGGCACAAACGCUUAUGAACACAUAUACACGCAAACAUACCAAUUUAUACACUUGUUCACAUGCAGCAGGCAUACGAACAAUCAAACGGAACGUGCAGUGCCCAUCGACAAUCGAAAUUUGAUAGAUCGCAAAUACGCAAUGCCAAAAACGCACGGAUCUCAGAAGAUAAGUGACCCAAUUACCUAUUUAAUUUUUAUUAUGUUACUUAACGACUAAAUUAAUAUUCAGUUUAAAAAAUAUAAUUUUUCGGAAAAAACAAAUGUAUAUGAAUAAAUGUUAAUCAUUUAAAAUUUACCUAAUUUUCGCUUUUAUAAGCCAAAUUUAUGCGCCAUACAAUUUAGUAAUUUUUGUUCCUAUAUUUGUAUAUUCAAAAUUUAUUUUAUAUUUGUACAUAAGUUUGUACUUAGAUGUACACGAAUUAUAUGUACUCAAUUUGAUGACUCUCAUUUAAUUUAUUUUUUUGUUUUAUUGGAUUUUUAUAAAUUUCUGUGAUAGUUUAAACAUAUAAUUUAUUGUUUAUACUUUCGACACAUACAUAUAAAUACUUUUAAAGUUGAUGUUUUGUUCUGGAUAUUAUAUAUUAGUUUUUUGGUUUAGUUAUUUAUAUUAACGGAAAUUAUUUAAGCAUAAACAAAAAUUUCUCAAACUUUGGGUGUCGUACUUAUAACAUUUAAUUUUUAGUUUAUAGUAUAAAAUUUCGUAUAAUUUAAGAAAUCAACCAAAAACAAACACAUUUAAGACUCAAAGAAACAAACACUGGCCAUUAAAUGCUCUUUAAUUUAAUUACAACUGAUUAUUUUUUUUAUUGUACUGUAAAAUUUUUAAGAAUAAAGAGCAUCCCUUAACCAAUGCUUGUUAGUUAAAUACAUAUGUAUAUAUUUUUCAUUAUAUAAGUUCUUACAUUACAUAGUUAUGAAUUGUUUUGUUUUUCGUUAAUUUGUUUUUAGCACAGUGUAACUUGGGCAGUAAAAACAGCGUUCGAAAGUUCAUCUAAAUAAUUUUAGUAAGCAUUUACUUUUAAUGCAAUAAUAUUAUAUUUAUAAUCAUAAAGAUGAUAAUUAAUUUAAAAACGGUACUGCUAAAGAGUAAUGUGCAGAACAGAUGGCUGCAACUUAUUUUAAAAUCUGUUUCGAUGGAAUAUAAUUAAUAAAUCUUUUUCUGAAAACUA